AUGAACGGUUUCUAUUUGAUUCAGUGCCCAUUGUGCCAAGACUCAGUCGAUAUACAUCGACAGGAUUGCUUUUAUAUUCUUCCAGUCCAUCCAGUGAAUGCUAGACUUUUCUCCUCCAAUGACUGGCAGCUGCAAAAAUACUCUGUGAUCACAAUUGGUGAUCUUCGGCUAAGCAUCAUGGAAUCUUACCCUAUACUUGCUUAUAGACAACGGUCUUUUCUCAUUCAUAAAAGAUGCCAUGACCUGACUGGACAACUUUCGCCUUCUCAGCUUCGCCUUCUGAUUGAUUUGGUAGAGCCGACCUUUCUUAACUACUUGGCCCCAUUAUCACGUUAUGGCCCACAUGGUGCAUUCACCGCUACAGCCCAUUGCAGCCUAGGACCAGUAUGGUCACUCAGUCGCUUACCACAAGAGAUUCAAGACAUGAUAUUUGAACAUGAUAUUGGACGCUUGAUGUUUGUCAUGAAGACAGCCUCCCAGCUGCUCAAGGGACACAAAACAGUGGAAGCAGUUCCAGAACAUAGAUUCACAGAGACACUGUUGACUCUAAACAGUGACAUGAUCAGGGUUCACCUAGUUGAUAUUGGUGGUCGGACCUAUAUCAGCCACAUCUCUGAUACCCCGAAUCUGGGAGUUCCGACCCAUGCUCGAAUAUUUCUACGGCUUGUCGUGUCUGCUCUUUUCGACUGGAUUCUAUACACGCUUGUACAGAAGCAUAUUUCAGGAUACAUCGUUCCAGUUUCCGUUAUAACAGCUCUCGGAUUUACUUUAUUCUCUUCUACAUCUAUAGCACUUUUCAACGCAGGCGCCAAAAUCAGCCAAAAUUCCAGUCGAGAUUAUAUGCUUGGUGAAAGCAACUUUCUUGCGAUUAGAAGCGAUGAAAUGGGAGUGAUAGAUAUUGCAUUUCAACAAACUCAUGCUGGACCAAAAUGGGUCUUGAAUACUUAUGCCCGCCCCUUCCAUGCCAAGUUAUCCGUGAUUCAAGGUGCAGACACGCGAAGAUUACGGAUCAUUCGAGACACUCAGAAGUGCCGUGCAAUCGUCCCUCUUAAUAGAGCUGGUGCAGAACCGUAUUUCUCCAGUAAACUAAUGCCACCACAUGGCUCUUGGGUUGAUUCUGGGUUGCCUGUGGAGCCCAGGUAUUCAAUGUCUCGAGCUUCACUUAGAUAUUUUACACGAGCAACUUAUAUUCCCCUUGCUACCUUGGAGAGCAUCAGAUUUCAAAUUGAUCCGCUGGUAGGGAUCUCAAAUAUUGACGUAAAUAUUUCAGAUUCCUACGAGACAUUGUAUUUUACCAGUUUUCGUCGCCCUCCAAGGUCUGUACGAUUUUCCCUCUGUGAAAGGGAACUUGCCCAGCAACACCUAGUUCAAAUCCCAUAUCUUCAGUUUGGGGUAGAUGGUCAGUGGCGCCCUCCCAUCCCUCCCCAUUGGUCUCCUCGUCAGAAACAUAUACAUUUCGAUGACCCUCUGGGGGUUUGGUGGGGCGAGACUUUUCCUUUUAUCCCUAUUCAAAUUGGUAUUGUUGUUUCUGAUAAAGCGAGGCUUCGAACACAACAGUUCGAGGAUUAG